AUGUUGAGACAAUCGGUGUAUGAGUUGAGUGCAGAGCGCAUGCGUUCACACAGUCGGCAUCACAUCCCAUGUGACAACACUUUCACUGCAUUCACACCAUUGCCGACCAUUUCAUUCACAGUGCAGUGUUUGUUUGUGCGGACGGAUGGCCGCCGGCGAAGACAAUUGGUGUCAUCGGUGGCGGAGACCAUACUCUGGAGGGACGUCCAGAAGAGAGACAUAAACUUCGCUCGUCUUCGCACUUAUUGGCGAAUAAUUCGUCUGAAAGACAGAGGCGUUGAACACAACAUGAGGACCGAUAGAGUGGACCGACGGACCGAUGUGUUGGUCUAUAAGGCGGAAGUGAAUCGGACGACAACAUUGGGCGGCAUUAUCUUCCCAUUGGUUGCCAUCAUUUGUUGCAUUGGAUACAAACUGAUGCCCAAAAACACUAGUCUUCCGCCCGAUCCCUACUAUAAGCCCAGUUUCCUGGCCCGACACGUGCCCGAACUCGUGGUGAUUGUAUCCCUGUUUCACAUCAAUCUCUCGCGACGGUAUAUCUUGAGAAUGUAUUUCAAUCACACGAAGAGUAUGUUUACGGUGAGCACAUGGCGAUGGUAUCUGCCAUUUAAGACACACACGUUUCAGUGCAAACCCGGUUCCGCCGCAGAGUAUAAACUUUUAGGCAUUAAUAGUCCACUUUUGGGCGUAUUCUUCGGGAACUGCAAAAUCCAGAAUACGAGGCAUUUUAUAAACGAAAAUCACUUUACAUUUCCGGCCUAUUAUAACGUGUUGUAUGGCUUCAGUCCCGCGGAAGCUGUGGCCGAUCUGAAGAUCGCGGACGGAAAACAAGACACAGCACUCAUGGAUACAAUGUUACGAAAUCGUGAGAAAGAGAUGUAUUGA